AGUGGAUGAAAAAAUGGGCUGUUAUAUGCCUGAAAUGUUGAUAAUUAAAUCUUAUUUCAUUAUCCAUGAAAUAGCUUGAGUUUAAUGGCGUCAUCUUUGGAAAAAAAACUACAAGAAAACAAAUUGGACGGGGCAUUUUUACACCAAAAAGAAGAAAAGUAAUGUCAGUAAGAAUGGGACAUGAAAAUAUGUCAAAGGGUGGGUAACGGAAAGCCACGGGAAUCCACGUACGAGAAUCAGAAUGGAGAAAUCAUUUGGAGACAAGACAAAGUCUUUACAAAUGUAAGAAUGAAGAGAGAGAAUAAAAAUUGACCCAAAAACUCUGUUAGAAAAACUUCGCAUUCUCAAUGAUCCAGCAUGGAGGAACAGAGAGACAAGAUGGCAUGAAGGAUGAUGGAGCAAGUGCCAGGGGCGUUGGGAACAAGCGCUAGCUUGGCUCUUCGUUUGGGACAAAUAAUUUUCUCCUCCGCUUCACUUCUCUUCAUGUGUUUGGAUGUUGGAUUCUUUAGCUACACUUCUUUCAGCUACCUGGUGACGGUCAUGGCUUUGGUAACUCCAUGGAGUAUGUCAUUAGCACUGGUUGAUGCAUAUUCUGUGUUUAUUAAAUGCUUACCACGACAACCAAGGGUACUGUUGAUUGUCAUUGUGGGAGACUGGACCUUGUCAUUUCUCUCACUAGCCGCAGCCUGCUCAACUGCUAGUGUCACAAGUCUCUUGGUCAAUGCUGACUCGUCAUUUUGCCCAUCAAAGCUAUGCGGUAGGUAUCAGUUGUCUGCAGCUAUGGCUUUCUUGUCCUGGUUCCUGUCCUUUGCUUCAACUCUCUUUAAUCUUUGGCUCCUUCCUUCUGUGUAGCGUUACUCUACUUCCAUCCCAUUUUCAUAUACGACCAAUCUUAAUUAUUUCGUCGAUGCUUAAAUGAAGAAUUGUACAUUGACAGUAUUAUAUACAAACAACAAAAUCUUGAACAAUCCGAUUGAAUUUCAACGAUUUUGAAUAAAAGUUUACUUGCCAAUUCAUGUUUCAUUGGCCUAUCAUUAUCUUAAAACUCUUUCUUAUCAAAAGAGGAUGGACAAAGAAAUCAUGGGUGAUGAAUGACAAGGAAGGACAGAAAGGAAAAGAAAUGAUUCAGCUUUUGCUUUGUACCAAAAAGAAAAUUCAAACAGCAGUUACAACAAACAAGGGUCCCUUCCUAUCAUCCAAAUGCCCAAUUUAGCUCCUUUCAUUUUCUUGACCAUUCUUCCUUCAAAAUCCACCAAUCUCACCCACAAAUCACCAAAGACCAAACCCUCCAUUAUUUCCUAGACAAUUGCUCCAUCAAUGAACAAACUUUAAACAACCCCAUGCUCAAAAGCGUCCUCCACUGCAUAUUCUAGUUGAUCAAAUAAGCAAACUUGAUAUAUAAGAUUUUGUACACUUGUUCAAUUUGAGGGGAAAGCUUGAGGAUUGAUUCAGUACAAAUCAUCACAUCAAGCGGAAAUUAGAAUUGAUGAUUUACAUAAGCUUGUUGAUAUAUCAUGUAUCCGACCCUACAUGAACAACAACUGCACAGUUGUUUAUAUUAAUGAUAGAUUGAAAAAAAAUGAGCUACCAAACAAUUCUCUGUACAAAAAUUAGGAAUCAACUUAUG